CAGUGAGUAGUUUGGUUGCUAUGCAUGUUAAUGACUUUGUACCCUGCGCUGUAGGAUCUGUUUUAAAAGAGGACAAGCAAGCAAGGCUAAGCUCAGAGUGAAGGUGGAAAUCAGGCAGUAAGGGUACAGCACAGACACAGCAGGAGUGCAGCUUGUGUGAACUCAGGCAGCCACUCCAGGUAGCACAGUCUACAACAGAGCUCCAGAUAAUAAGCAACAAAACAGAAAUUAGGACAUGAGACCCCUCUAUGCAGGAAUCCUAUUACUCCUUCUAACAAUCUGCACACUCCAAGUGGAAGGGUCAAAAUGCAAAUGUUCUCGGAAGGGUCCAAAAAUUAGAUUCACAGAUGUUCAGAAACUGGAAAUCAAACCAAGACAUCCAUACUGUGAGGAAAAGAUGAUUAUCGUGACCAUGCAUGUUUCCCGACAUAGAGGGCAACAGUAUUGCUUGCAUCUUUAAUUACACAGUACUAAGAAGUUUCUUAAAUGGUACACAAUAUGGAAA